UCGGCGCAGGGCUCUGUGCCAAAUGUUCGUAAUUUUUUUUUUCCAGAAAAACAUUAAAAGUGUGAAAAAAUAAAAAAAAUCUUAAAAGGUCUAAUAAAUUCGGGGCAAAAUAAACAAUUUUCCAAAACUUAAACCAACAGCCUUUUUAAAGGCCAAAAGUUUUUUAAAACGAACAUAAAUUAAUAGCAAAAAAACAAUGUCGGCUUUUACUGAAGUGGCUUUUUUGAAAAAAUUGGCUGAAUUGAAUUCUAGUCAACAAAGUAUACAAACACUAUCCUUGUGGUUGAUACAUCAUCGUAAACAUCAUGCUAGCAUUGUGAAAACCUGGUUAAGGGAAUUGCAAAAUGUGCCGGAAGCCAAAAAGUUAACCUUUAUGUAUUUGGCCAAUGAUGUUAUACAAAAUAGCAAGAAGAAAGGACCCGAAUAUGGCAAAGAAUUUGCAAAUGGUUUGCCCAAGGCAUUCUCUCACAUAGGCGAGACAUGUAAGUCGGAAAAACUUUUUGGUAGUUUGGGACGUAUACUCAAUAUAUGGGAAGAACGUGGUGUUUAUGAACCCAAAACUAUAGCCGAGUAUCGUAAUCGUUUAAAUAAAGAGCAUGGCAAAUUAACAGCAGUCACGGCGGCCACCUCAGCUAGCAAAGAUUCCGGUGAGGAAAAACGUGAAUCCAAACGUAAACAUGAGGAGCAUAAGUCAAAAUCGAAAAAGUCACGAGUUUCUCCUACGGAAGAAACUAACUCAUCGUCAGUUGUCGCCGAGUUGAAUGGUGGCGAUGGCGAUCAAAGUCCCUACUUGCCAUUGGGUGAACCUCCAGAGCCGGAAGAGUUAAUUAAAGCUUUAAUAAGUAUAGAAAAUUCAGCAUCAAGUGAUGCUGUUGUAAGGGAACGUAUUGCAAAUCUACCACCAGAAAUUUCAGAAAUAAGUUGUUUAGCUAAGUUGGAGGAUAAGGAUGCUGCGAAAAAUUUGGCAACACAGGUCAAUGAAGCAGUUGAACUUUUAAAUGACUACAAUUCACGUUUAUCUGCUGAAAUGGAAGAACGUACUAAAUUGACAUCAAUGUUGAGAGACUUUCAGGCUGAACAAAAGGAAUUAUUGGCUCAAGCUGAAAAGCGUUUGGAGGAAUACAAAAAGAAACUCCAAAAAGUAUUGGCCGUACAAAAGGAAAUACGUGAUCAUCUUUCUAAUCUACCUGAUUUAACACAAUUACCCGAUGUUACUGGUGGCCUAGCCCCCUUACCUUCGGCUGGUGAUUUAUUCAAUAUACAUUGAAUAUACAAUAACAAGUUAAUAAAAUAAAUAUAUAAAAUUUUUUACGAAUUCUAUGAAUUGUUGAAAAAAUUAAAUACACAUUUUAAUGAUACAAAAAAGGAAUGAUAUAUACAAAAAUUAUCAUACAAAUAAUAAUUAUUUACAUUUAAGUUCUUAUUUGUUUUUGGACAAACUAAACAGUUCGUUUAAUUAUAUAUAAACCAUAUAUAUAUAAACAAUAAUUAUAUACAAUUAUAUAUGAAUUUUUAAUGUCUGAACAGUUCUACACAUUUAUCACAAUUAUGUUUUUACACUUUUCUCUCACACAAGUUUGUAAACAAAAUUAUUUACAAAUUAAUGUAUUUUUUUUGUAUUUUUUUUAGAAAUAUAUUAGUAAUUGAUUUUCCAAUAAAUAUAACCAUUCAUUUAGACUGUUUUAUGUAUGUGGAAAUAAAAUAAAAAAGCAAGUUGUUUAAAAGGUCAUUACAA